AUGCCUUCUUUCACCACCUUCGUCGCUGCCAUCGCUGGAUGCUCUGCCAUUGUUAAUGGCGCUGCCCUCCCUACCGAGAGUGGUCUCAAGACCACCACCCUCCAACGCCGAGAGGGUUCUGAUCAUCUCCUGAGCAAGCGUGAGCCCGUCACUGUGGCUAUUCUGACUGCGGCUGGUACCGCAGCAGUCACCGCCAUCGUCAACGAGGCUGUCCAGGCCGCCGCGUCUUUCAUCGGUGACAUCUCCAACUUCGAUGCUGGUCGUGAAGCUUUCACUAAGCAGACUACCGACGCCAUGAUGGCCAACAACCCCGACCCUGAGCGUUUCCAAGCUGCCGCUUGCUACAACCAGGGCUUCUCGGUCGCCGACCCUGCCAACAUCGACGGCCAGUCCUCUGUCGAGUUCAGCCUCGGCAUUCUCAACACUGACUACGAGUGCAUGUACAUUGCUGCCCCCAACCAGUUUUUCACCGAGGGUGAUGGUGGCUUCAUCAACCUUUCUUUCACCCACAGCGACCGAUGCACCUUUGACCAAGAAACCGCUGAUCUCACUUGUGUUUAA